GGAGAAUCCACGAAGAGAGGAAGAGAGAGAUUCAGCGAAUUAGGGUUUGAAUUUUUAUUUAUUUAUUUUUUUUGGAGCGUCGGAAUUUCGUUAGCGUUUGGUUUUUGUUUCUUUCUCUUCUCCUUAAAUACUAAAUUGUGACAUCGUCAGCGAUCGUUCUCUCUCAAUCUGACCCAAGCUGCAGCUCACCGGAAAGGGUUUUCCCCCCUUGGUUUUAGCAGUCCGGUCAGAGUUCGACGGAGAUUUCUAGUGAGUUUCCAUUGUUUUAGUGAAUUACUACAAAGCUACAAUUGUCUCGAAGAAUGAUUGGCUGAGGUCAUGAGAUGGAAACGACAAGCCAAUGUCGGCUCUGGUGGCCGAUCGACCUCUCUACGGCUGAACCGAAAUCUUCAUUUCUGCUUUUCGGGUGGUUCAUUUCGUCCUCCGACAUUGUAGUGGCUUUUGCACGCGAUCAGAUUUCAUUUUCUCCCGACCAAUCUCGUCUUCAGGGGAUCCUUCGUGAGACAAGUGAAAGCAUGUCUGUGUCACUACAAGACAAAUGCACGUUCUCCCUGCUUGGUCACUGUGCAGUAGAUUGGAGCAUAAAUGGUCAACUGGUGGCUGCUGGAGUAGAAAAAGAUGAUCAAGUGAACUUCUCUCAUGGUAAUGGAUGUACAGAAAGCUGUAGAAAUAUGUCAGGUGCAAAGUACGGACAAUGGAGCUGUGGAUGUUGCAAGCUUGACGGAUUACACCAUUGUAGUCUGGUUUCUGCUGAAGAAGAUAAUUGGAUUGAGGUAGUUUCUGGUUCUCAUGGACGAAGAGGUGGAAAAUUCAACUGGAUCCCCAAAUUGCAUCACAUUCAUAGGAAAGGGCAAACAGUAUCCAAUUUUGAUUUCCACGUAAUUCUCUACGAUAUACCCAUGUUUGGCAGCCACCAUUUUUCAGUUGGGCUUCCGAGUUCUGAGCAAGUUAAAACUCAUUUGAAGAAACCCAAGUGGGUGGGAGAUCUUUAUCGAAAGCAGCCACUCCUUGAUUUGGACACAGUGGUUAUGGCAAUUAACAGUGCUAAUGCUGCCAAAUUAUGUUUUCGAAGACUUGCGGGUUCCACUAGUCCUACAACCCGGUUCCCCAUCUUUGUCGUGUGUAUUACCUUGACAUGGAAAUUAUUGGCCGUGUCUAUCGCUUCAUUGUCCACUUUAUUCUAUCUCAUUUUUAGGUUACUCCAUGUCCUUCUGAGUUCUAGAUCACAAUCAUUGAUGUAUCUCACAUUGGAAAAGGUAUUCAGCAAUACAUUGAGGAAUAUUGAAAUCCGCCGUUCCCAAAUGUUGUAUUGGCCAAUCCUCCUUAAAGAGAAUGUUCUCAGGUCUCAAUCAUGUGUGGACUAUGCGGAGAAAGCUGCAUUACAUAAGCAUUCCAUGUGGUCAAGUGUAGCUGUCGAUAUUCUCUUGGGAUACCUUUUUGGUAUAGCAUUAUUCUUUCAUUCAGACUGUGCUUGCCUUUGGGUUUCGAACUCUGCCAACAACAUUACAAACCAUUUGUUGCGUAAUGGUUGCGCAUGGUUGAUGGGAGUGCCUGCGGGUUUCAAGUUGAACACUGAGCUUGCAGGAGUUCUGGGGAUGAUUUCUCUCAAUGCUAUCCAAAUUUGGUCUACUCUUUGGUUCUUUGUGGGUUUCCUCUUUAUUUAUUUUGUUCAAGGACUUGCCAUAGCAGGGGUUCUUUUUGGCCUUACCACACCUGCUGCUCUGGUUAUUGACAUGAUUUUACUUUCAAUGUUACACGUGUCAACUCUUCAUUGGUUGAUCUCAUAUACCUACUCUCAUCAGAUACAAGCAAUAGCAGCUUUAUGGCGUCUUUUCAGGGGUCGAAAGGUGAAUCCUCUUCGUCAGAGAUAUGAUAGCUAUGAGUAUACCGUGGAGCAACACAUAGUUGGUUCUCUUCUUUUCACGCCUCUCUUACUUCUGCUACCAACCACUUCGGUUUUCUAUAUUUUCUUCACCAUAUUGAUGUGUGCCGUCAGCUGUGCCUGUCUAGCUAUCGACAUCCUUAGAUCUAUCAUUCAUGCUACACCUUACAUCAAAAUUUUUCUCUGGUUGGUGAGGCCGAGAAGAUUUCCCUCUGGCAUGUGGUUUGAAAUCAUCUCUUGUAGGAGUAAUGCUGGUCCUAUGGACGUUGGACGUUGUAGUGAUGCUUCUACACCAUCUGAAAAGUCAUGGAAAAGAACAGAUAUAUGCGGAAGUCGGUCCAAUGUAUUGGUUUCUAUUCUUCAGAGCAACUUUUUGAAUAUAGGACAAAUUGUCUGGCCUCAUUAUAGAAAAGUGUUUUCUGAAAUUUCUGCCCCUUUUGUUGCCUCAUCAGCAUAUGGAGUUCUCACCGGGAGAAGUAUUCCAUCUACGUUGGGGUCUGGUCUACCUUCAACAAUGCCAUGGAUGUCCAUCCCAUGGAAAGAGUACUGGCGUAUUUGCUAUGAUGCAGUUCUUGGACGCGAGUCAGAUCUUCACCGUGAUUAAUUUCUUCAAGCUGAUACCCAUUUUGAGUUUUUCUUCUCCCCGGCUAUUUUUUGAUUCUUAAUUUGUAAAUUCCUUUCAUUGAUAGUUGACGUGUAGGGAUUGUUCUUCACAUUUUGAGGUAGUGCAGUUUUUUUUCUAGCUACAGAGUGUACUUCGUGAAUGUUUUUUUUUCUUCAUUUAUGACAAAGAUGAUGACUAUUGCUAAGGCCAUUGUAAAA